GCAGCGACUGAGACGCGGGUGCUGCCGGGGGGAGGCGACACUGGUCAAGGCGUGAGGCGGCCAGAGAUGAAGCCGCCUAUUUCAAUACAAGCAAGUGAGUUUGACUCCUCAGAUGAAGAGCCUAUUGAAGAUGAACAGACUCCAAUUCAGAUAUCAUGGCUACCUCUGUCACAAGUGAAUUGUUCUCAGUUUCUUGGUUUAUGUGCUCUGCCAGGUUGUAAAUUUAAAGAUGUUAGAAGAAAUAUUCAAAAAGAUACAGAAGAACUAAAGAGCUAUGGUAUACAAGACAUAUUUGUUUUCUGCACCAGAGGGGAACUGUCAAAAUAUAGAGUCCCAAACCUCUUGGACCUCUACCAGCAGUAUGGAAUUAUCACUCAUCACCAUCCAAUCCCAGAUGGAGGGACUCCUGACAUAGCCAGCUGCUGUGACAUAAUGGAGGAGCUUGCAAUCUGUCUCAAAAAUAACCGAAAAACCUUAAUACACUGUUAUGGAGGACUUGGGAGAUCUUGUCUUGUAGCCGCUUGUCUCCUUCUAUACCUGUCUGACACAGUGUCACCUCAGCAAGCCAUAGACAGCCUGAGAGAUGUAAGAGGAUCCGGGGCAAUACAGACCAUAAAGCAAUAUAAUUAUCUUCAUGACUUCCGGGAUAAACUAGCUGCAUAUCUAUCAUCAAGAGAUUCACUAUCAAGAUCUGUGUCAAGAUAAAGAGUUUCAAAUAGCAUAUAUGCGACCAUGUCUGAAAUUUGAAUACUCUAGCAUAAUUUGUGUUGAAACCAAACUACUUGCGUUAUCAACUUCAAUGUAAAUGUAUAUAUGCAGAUAUCCCUAAAGCUUUUAUUGACAAAAUUCAUUGUGUCUCUUUCACUCAUAACAUAUGACAGAAAAUUUGGUAUACGGUUUUCCUUUUAGAAAUGCACUGGCUGCUCUUGUAUACUUUACCUAUUCUAGGUGGGUAAACAUACAAAUCUUAUUAUUUACAUGUUUGCCUCAUUUUACUACUGGUAACUAUGAGUUGGCAUAUGACAUUUUAAGUAUGAAGUUUUUGUAUGAAUAUUCACGCUGAACUUUUAAGUAACUUUCAUCCUCUAUUCCUCCUGAAAUUCUUUCAUUGUUUUUUCUACUACAUAGACUUAUAGAAUAAAAGAUCCUGUGAGUCUUCUAGUCACCUCCCACCCUGCACUGGAUCAAUUCCAACAGGUGUUUAUCCCACAUCUGCUGGAACUUUUUCAGAGAGGAGGAAUUCAUUGGUUCAGACAACUGCUCCAUUUUUACAGCAUUCAUUUUUCUACCCUAAACACUACACAGAAUGAACUUUAAUCCUUUCACUCUUACAAAGUAUUUGGUUACAGAUUAAUAAUCUCUAAUUUUCCUAUUCCUUCACCUCACGCUAUACUACUGAAACAUUUUGUCUUGAAGUUCAACUUUGAGUUAUUCAAAACAAUUAUUUGGGUUUUAAACAAGGAUUGUCUGGGUCAAAGCCACCAGAUAUUGGUGGUUGCAGUACCACAUCCAUAUGUAGGUCCAUGGCUUUCUUGGCCAUGAUUCACAAAGGUGAAUCAAUGGUCAUUGGCUACUACCAACUCACAGGCACUUCCACAAAAGAGAGUCUCAUCACAGCAAAAUUUAAAUUAAUCAUAAGAUGCGGAAAAUUCUUCCUUUGUCUCACACUGUUCUUGCUGAUGAACUACUUGAAUUUCAUUAAGAAAAACUCCAAAACAAUUACUAGUACUGUUUGGGGACUUCAGAUAAGAGCACAGAAUGUUCUAUAAUACAAAAUCAAUAUUUUAAUACUUUGAUAUGUGCACACUGCUUCUAGAACUUAAGAUUUUAUCAGAAUACUAAGGAAGAUGGGAGUAUCAGCUAUCCUGCCAGUAUUUAAUGUUUAACCUAGGGAUUUCUUAUCUCAGAUCAUAAAUGCCAAAAAUUAUGGCUAAAGCAGUUUUUAUUUAUUUGUUUGCUUAAGAGUACAGGCUGCAACCAUAGAUUGGCCUUCAUGAUUUUUCCAUAUAACCAAGUACAAUUUAAAAUCACAAUACCUGUGAAACUUUAGUCACUAUAUGUAACUGACAUUUACAAAUCUAAUAUUACCAAUCUCCCCAUAUAAAUACAGAACUUACUCAUGAAUACCAGGGAAAAUAUUGACAUGGAUUAAUCAAAUCCUUUAAUAAUCAAUUGAAUUUUCAAAGUGCAUGCAUCUCAAUUUCCAUAACUGCAUAUUAAGCCUUCUAUAUUCAAAAUGCUUGAUUAAACUAUUUCAAAGCCAAGUAUACAAGAAAACAUCUAAUUAUUCCACAACAAAGAAACAUGGCAUGACACUAUUCUGAAAUAAAAUUGUCCAGAUAAAUUUAAUAACAUGUAAUUCCAGUAUUCUAGGAGAAGUAUUUUCUCUGCCUGAACUGUGUCCCCCCAAACAAUGGGUGGGAGAGGUGGACACAACAGAUUCAAUCAUUAUCCAUAAAUUACACAAAGAAAUAUUUGAGACUGUUUUUAUUAAAUGUACAAAAGCAAAAUAACCAGCUCUAAGGAGUAAAGUAGGGCUACUUAAGAGUAUUUUCUUUGGACAGUGAUACAGCACCACCAAGCUUAAGAUUUUAACAAAUCAUGAGUAGAGAUAGCUAAUCACAUUUAAUGUUUCUCUUAGUAGUUUUAGGGUUUAUAUAAUAAUCCAUUUAAGAAACUUCUCCAGAAUACAUAAACAUGAUAACCAAAGAAAUUUUAAUAUUUAGAAAAAGCAUUGUACAAUAUAAUCAACAUGAGAGAUGCAAUUCAUUCCUUUACAAGUCAAGAUGUCUUCCAUCUUUUUUACAAUGUGCACUAAGAAAAUUAAUGCAGAACAAAACCCUCACUCCAACCCUACUAAUUGAUAUCCUUACGUGGUUAAUACUGUUUUCCAAAACAAGAAGUUUUUUACUUCUUUUAGACACUUAUCUUUAGAACUCUGAAUGUUAGUCAAAGUAAAAUUGCUGUAAGAAAUAUAGUCAAUAUAUCUAGAAAUAGAACCACGUUUUUUUCUUUUGUCAUCACUCUGAGGUAUUAGUUCAGAGCCAUCUCCUAAGUUAUAUUACUAGUACCACAGACUUUGAUGGGUUUGAGCAGAAGAACUUAAAAUUAUGAGACUAUCAAUAAAUAGUUUUCAGAAAGGAUGAACAUGAGUACUUCUAUGAACAAUGCUAGACAAGGUACCAAUAUUUUUCUUUCCUCUCCAAAAUGAGGGAAAUUGUUUUCAAAUAUUUGUCAUCAAAAUUUCUGACUUACAAUUAUACAACCGAUUAAUAAAAGAUACUUGUGGAGGUUAAAUGAUAUAAUUGGAUGUAUACCUUUUAAUAUAAAUCAUUAUUUGAAUGGGCUUCAUAUAUCAUAGUGUUGUGAUAUAUUCACACCUUUAACAAAAGCUCACCCAUGCAGGGUAGAAAAAGAUACGCAGAUGUCAUUAGUUACUCCAUGGCAAUGAUAUUCCAUGAACACUCACUACUCAUAAAUAUAUAAUUAGAGAAAUGUUAUACAAAGAGAAGUAUUUGCCACAUAGUUUUAUUUCCUUUCUAUGCAAGUAUUAGACAUACCUUCAAAGUAUGUGGAUUUAGGGAACAGAGAAGAGCUCUGUAAGCUAUUAGCAUAAAUGGUCCUCAAGUUGAAAAACACAAAACAAACUUUCAAACAGGAUCAUGCAGCAAACCACCCUGUACUUUGUUGCCUGAGAAGAGAUCAUUAUCACAAAUGUUUUACUAGUACUCAAAUAUAAUUUAAGAGAGAUUUGUCUGGUCAUUUCCGAUUACUUUCCCUUCCCAUUAAAAAUAACUCAAACUUCUCAUUAGCAGUCUGUCUAUGGCCUGGGGCAAAACUCUCCUUUACCCUGCAAUGAGGAGUGAGGGGGAUCAGUUAAGCAUUGUGAAAACCAUCAAAUGUCAUUAAUAGCAUUUAGAUACAGGUAUUCAAUAGUUCUACCCCUACAUCUACUCGGUACUAAAGUGACCUAUUACCAUAAUAUAGUAUUACUCAACAGAAUAACUGCUAAACAGACUACAUUUAUAACCCUUUCAGGAGAAUCUGUAGUAUCCAUAGCAACAAAGAGGUGUUGGUAAUAGCUAUAAAUGUAGUUAUACUAGAUGCAAUAAAAUAGUGCAAAUGGGGAAAAUGCUUUGUGAGAGCUACAAAGCUCAAAAAGAUAAAAUGAAGCAUAUAAUAUCAAAAGUAAUUGUAACAAGGAAAAAAUUAAAAGAGUAAGCAUUUUAUGUAAACUGGAAAGAUUACAAAUCCAGGCUAACUAUGCCUCAGCUGAAACUACAGAAACAACAGAAAUAAGGCUAGGGCCCUCCCAAACAGAGAAGAGAGCAAAUCCAAUUCAGAGCAAGGAAAUGAGCCAAUAAAAUACUGUCAG